ACUAAUAACAACGCAGCCCUUUCUUGAAUUCUUCUCUUCGUGAAAGAAUCCAUCCAUCUCUCCUCUCUCUCUCAUACAGACAUUUCUCUGCUUUGUAAAUUUCACCACAUCAUUUUUCUUCAAUUCCAAAGCUAGUUCAAGUUCCAACACAGCAUAAACUCUUGCUAAUUCUCCGAUCCUUUGAUUUUCUCCGAUUGUUUGCGUAGUGAGAGAAUUGAAGGUGCGGAAAAAGGAUAAAGCCGGGGAAUGGGACAAGCGUUUCGCAAACUCUUCGAUACUUUCUUCGGAAACUCGGAGAUGCGGGUUGUGAUGCUUGGGCUGGAUGCUGCUGGCAAGACCACUAUACUGUAUAAGCUUCACAUUGGAGAGGUUUUAUCAACUGUUCCUACCAUUGGUUUCAAUGUAGAGAAAGUUCAAUAUAAAAAUGUGAUCUUUACAGUGUGGGAUGUUGGUGGCCAAGAGAAGUUAAGACCUUUAUGGAGACAUUACUUCAAUAAUACUGAUGGGCUGAUCUAUGUUGUUGACUCUCUGGAUCGAGAGAGAAUUGGGAGGGCAAAGGAGGAGUUUCAGGCCAUUAUCAAAGACCCGUUCAUGCUUAAUGCUGUUAUACUGGUCUUUGCGAACAAACAAGACAUGAGAGGCGCAAUGACCCCUAUGGAAGUUUGCGAAGGGCUGGGCCUUUACGAUCUCAAGAAUCGAAAAUGGCACAUACAAGGGACGUGCGCCCUCAAAGGGGACGGGUUGUAUGAAGGUUUGGACUGGUUAUCAAGCACUUUGAAGGACCACAAGGCUGCUGGAUUUUCUUCGGUGGCCUCUUCAUCGUUCUAACGAGGUCGAGUCUUGUUUGCCCCACUCAACUCUCUGGAAACUGGUAAAGCUUGUUUCCAGAGUUCCAUAUACUCUGUUUUGUAGGUUGAUCAAAUCUGUAUAUUGCAAAAGUGAUACUGCCCCCCUUUCCCCCUUUGAAUUUUUUUGCAGUGUAUUACUAACCAAGGCCUCAAUAACACUUGGAUUAUGAUUUGUAUGAUGAAUGAAAACACAGUUGUGUUAA